CCGCCAAUACCCGCCACAUUAUUUGACAUUGACCUUGAGCAGCUGAUCAACAUUCAACAUGGCUGGCUGUAUAAAGGUAGGAGUUUAUAUCCCUGUAUAUUUUAUUUCUAUCCUGUUAGUUACAAAAUUUGGUAGAUAUUUUGCUUUUGUUUGAUAUGUAGGCAAUUGUGUUAUAUGAUUCAGCUAUGUAUCUUGAAAUACUAUAGAUAUAAUGCCUGAUUCUGUUAUCAUGAAACAGAGACGUCGGUGCACCGUGCAUGCUAGUUCAGCUCUGCAGCCUCUGCUAUGGUGUGAUAUAACUUGAACUGUCUGUGCCAGUGUAGGUAGUGCCAGUAAUAUUAACAUACUUUCGUUGGUAGGGAUGCAACUACCUGGAAAAUCCAGACGAAGUGCGCUUCGCUUGAAACGUCGAAAUUCUUCUUAUAUUUUCAGGUAGCGCUACAGUACCAUCCCUACCAACGAAAUUAAGCUUGUUAAUAUGGUAUGAUAUGUCCUCAAUAUGUAUCACAGUAUCAUGAUAUAUAUUAAAUGGUCCACUCAACUAUUGUAGGCAAUUGUGUUAUAUGUUAUAUAAUUCAGCUAUGUGUUUUUAAAUACUAUAGAUAUAUAAAUGCUAGAUUCUGCAUGUUAUCAUGAUCAUGUGAUAUGUCUUAAUAAUAUGUAUCACACAUGCACUCAUGCAACUAUUGUGCGUGCAUGUGAUUGUGGUUUGUUAGAGAUUUAUAUAUUUUCCUAUCACUAUAUUUUAUUAAAUUUAUUUUGGUUAACCACAACCAAACCUCAAUCUAAUAUACCAUUAUACCAAAUCCAUGCAGUGUUACUGUGUUAAUAGUUUUAAUAAUAUUAGAUUACAUAAUUUAUAUUGAUAUUUUUGGUCAUUGCAUGCAUAUAUUCCCCUAAUACUUGUGGGUACAGUAGGUUUGUUGUGUUGGGCCAAGUUGAUUGAUUUAGCAGCUGUGCUGUUUCCAAUUAAUAUUUAUAGACCUCAGUCACAACAGGAACCAAUGGUAUUGGACUGUAUCUUAUUAUUAAAGUCAUCAAAUUUGUACCGUCAUUGACUUGACAACCCUGUAAUGAAACAAGAUAUUUCCUGAACAUUACACCAGUAGACUGACACCAUCAAUUCUUGUUCAGGCAUGAAAUAUUUGCAAACCCAAACACAAGAUUAAGUUCCUAGUGCACUUUGCUAGGUUUAGAUUUGACAUAAUCAUUGGGUCAUUCCAAAAAAUAUAUAAACUUCUCAGUUCAUACCUUCCCCCAACAAAUGUUAUAGUACAUUUUACUAUGAGGUGAAUUACUAUUCCUCCCAUGCAGAUGGCAGAGAUUUCCUGUGCAGGUAGAGUUUGGAUCUUGGUGUAAAAUACCCUUUCUGAAAGUGUUACCUUGCACAUUUGUCACCAUUGCAGGCAUGUGUAUAUCUACUGUAAUUAUGUUUCUUAAGUGCUUAGGAUACUGUGGGAAUAUAAGGGUUACAAUUCUUUAAUUUCUUUAAACUAUGUUUACAUGCUGCAAUUUGUUGUGUACGAUUUGUAUUCUGGCAUGUGUAAUCAAAUAAGCAAGCUGUAAUGUGGAUGCAUUUCAAAUUUUCCAUGAACUAAAUGAAGGGGAAUUGUUGCAUCAGCAGUAAUUUUCAUACACCACAAUACAAAUCGUACAAAACAAAUCAAAGUGUAUAAACGUAUACCUUCAGACUUGCAACAACUCCACCUUGGAGUUUUCCCUAGCUAUUAAUUAAUUAAUAGCAAGUGAGUAAAUUUGAGGGUUAGCAGGCAUCAUUUCAAAAGGACUUUGCAAAAGUCAAUAAUGUCCAAUAAUUAUUAUCAUAGCUAUUAUCCUAGUUGCAUGACUAUUUUAAUGUCUAUGUACACAGGCAAAUGGGUCUAAGGCCUGUUUUAUACGUCAAUUUUGGUCACGUCGAAUGCAUUAUUAAUGAAAUUCGACGUAUAAAAAAAGGCCUAAGGUCUAAACUACAGUAAUUUUAUUAAUUUAUACCUAAUUAUAUUUAUUCCUACAGUUAGCUAUACCAGUGUUAACUAGGAUUUUACAUUCAUUGAGUCAAGUGUUGGUUGGUCGAGACAGUAUGCCCCAGAACGUUUGUCAGGCUUAGAAAUGCUAUUUCCUGCAUUCUGACAACAGUUUUAAGACAAAAAUCUAAUAAACAGUGACACAAUGACUCUAAUUCUAUGGUUAGUUUAUCUCACAAUUGUAGUCCAAUCUUAAGAAUUACAAAUAUUCUUGGUCCAACAUGUUCAGGUGCAUGCUAUAAAAGGUGUUUGUGGUAAUAUCCUUCUAUGCCUUUGAGGCAAUAUUAUAAUCUGAAACUUUUAAAACCCAAUUAGGUGAUAAGAUCAUGCAUACACAGCUAACUACUAUAACUAAUACCCCUCAUUUGCAUGUAGACAAUGAAAAUAAUAUAAAUUCUGCUACAUGGACAGCAGAACCUUUGAAGCCUCUCUUUGAUGCACGAACUAUAGAUUGGUCUUCGCUGUCUUCAUUCAUGAGUAGGAUCCCAGGUGUUCAGCAACACUUGUUUAUAUGUGAUUAAACGUAGUUUAAGCGAAGUUAACGGCAGAUGUAUCAUGCCUGCGACCUUGCAGCGUGGAGUCCCUGACGUCACUCAGAACAGUGGCAAUUCUCGCGCAUUUGUCACUUUGCUACAGCUUGGCUAGCCAGCAACAACUGCUAUUUCGCUCUGCUCUGCUCUGUUAAAAGAAUUGUUGCUAUUGCGUGUUAUUAUUACUUGUUACUUUAAUUUAAAUUAAUCAACAUGCCUCGGCUAACUAGAAAUAGUAUGGAAACGAGCAACGAUAUCGCUAGCAUUAGCUCCUCUUGUCCGCCGUCGAAUACAAGCGCGCCAGUGACCAAUUCGCACGUGUCAGCGAUGCAAACGAACAAUGCGGGUUUUUUACCAGUCGCUAACAUCGUCAACGACAUGGUCCAAGCGCUUCAGCCUUCAAGGUAGCUUGAAAGGCCUUGUUCAGUCCACCAUUGAUGCUCGUUUGUCCGUCUCGUCAACCGCAGCAGUCGCAAACAACGCUGUGCAGUCCUCGUCUCAUCCAGCAAAUAACCUCGCUGAGAAUUCUCUCCCUGACAAUUUGGAAUCGCAGACCGCAAAUUACCAAAGCGUUCAUCCAGCUGAUGGUAUGUUUAGUGGUGUUAAUGCUCGUUUAUCUGACGCCAGAGACAUUCUCCCUCCCGUUUCUGUGGUUUCUCCUCUUAAUUUGCAUCAAUUUGCCUGCGAACUCCAGUCCCAUCCGGAUCGUUCCAAAGUGGAUUAUGUUCUCAGUGGGAUUGCCCACGGCUUUGAUAUUGCUUUUUGCCCCCAGUUUCCUGUAACCUCUGCACGAAAAAAUAAAGCUUCAGCAACUGCCCAUCCUGAGAUCGUGGAUGCGUACCUGCAGAACGAAGUCGCUUUGGGACGGGUAGCCGGUCGUUUACCUAGCAGCCCACUGCACGUUAGCAGUUUUGGCGUGAUCCCCAAGGCUGGUCAACCAGGAAAGUGGCGUUUGAUUUUGGAUUUGUCGUCGCCACACGGGCGUAGUGUUAAAGAUGGUAUUGACCCCGAACAAUUCUCUCUGCAGCAUAUAAAUUUCGAUGAAGUCGUUGCCAUGGUCACCAAUGUGGGUCGGGGUGCACUCAUGGCUAAGUUUGACGUCCAAAGCGCAUAUCGUAACUUAGCUGUACUGCCGUCUCAACGUCAUUUGCUUGGCAUGAAGUGGCGGGGAAAGUUAUACGUAGAUCUUGCCCUUCCGUUCGGUUAACGUUCAGCGCCAUUCAUUUUCAAUGCCAUUGCGGAUGCGAUAGAAUGGAUUUUGCAUAAUAAAUACGCAAUCGCCGACCUUAUGCACUACUUCAGCGACUACAUUACAGCCGAUCCACCUCAUCUCCCUCGAUGUGCGCAUAAUCUGGCGAUGGCCUCCUCCGUUUGGGCGUUCCUUUACACCCCGAUAAAACGAACGGUCCUACUACCUGUUUAAUUGUCUUGGGAAUGGGAUUAGAUUCCAUCCUCCAAAUUGCGCGUCUACCCAAGGAUAAGUUAGAAGCUCUCAAGCAGUUCCUGAAAGAAUGGCAACAGUAACGAUGGUGCACACUUACGCAGCUAGAGUCACUGAUUGGGAAACUGCACCAUGCAUACCAUGUGGUUUGGCCUGAUCGUACCUUUUGCGCCGAAUGAUUAAUCUUCUUUGCGUUUUUCGCCACCCGUACCACCCCAUCUUCUUAACGUGGAGUGUCGAUCAGAUUUACAGUGGUGGAUCCAGUUCAUUGAGGAGUGGAAUGGUACAAACCUUUUCCUAUUACCUGGACUGCCAUUUGUCGAUCUGUUGAUUACAUCUGAUGCCGCGGGUUCCAUUGGAUAUGGCGCCGUAUACCAUCACAGUGGUUCAAUCAUCACCUACAAGGAAUUUUUUCCUGUUGUAAUGCUGCUCACUUGUGGGUGUCCAAUGGGCCAAUCGACGCGUGUGCUUUCAUUUAGAUAAUUCUUCCGUAGUCCAUAUUUUGAACUCGCGCACUUCCCGUGACACUCACAUCAUUAAUGGCCUUGCUGCGUUCUCUGCUAUAGGGUGGCGGCCCGUUAUAGUUUUACGUUUGCAGCGCGUCAUAUCCCAGGCGUAGCUAAUCCCAAUUGGCAAGUGUUUCGUCAGUUAGCCCCCAAUUGCUCAUCGCUACCAACGCCUCUUCCAGCAACCCUACUGCAUCAGUUGUCGCCACGGACCUAGAAACCCAAUGCCAUAGUUUUCUUCGUCACAGUUUAGCGUCGUCAACCCAUAAAACCUACGCUUCUGUCCAACGGUCAUUUCUGCAAUUUUGUGAAUCAGAAAAUCGCUUGAACUCGAAUGGGUCGCCUUUUGCCUUUUCGCUACGUGGUUGGCGAAUAACUUGAAACCUGCGUCCAUAAAAGUCUACUUGUCAGCUGUCCGAGCACUCCAUAUUGAACAUGGUUAUCCUGAUCUCUUAGUGGGCUGUCUACGUUUGUGGCAAAGGGCAUCAAACGUUGCAAAGGCGGCUCUCAAGAUAGGCGCCUUCCAAUUACACCAGACAUUCUUAGCGCGAUCUAUCGCUGCUUGGUUUACGAUGACGUUUUGUUCUGAGCCGCUUGUUGUCUGGUAUAUUUUGGUUUCUUGCGAUCAUCCGAGUUUACUGUACCUCGUGGCACUUCCUAUUCUCCAUCGCUUCACUUAUCGUAUCGGGGGUGGCGUUUGUGCUUAUAUUAAAGACCAGAUUCCUUUUAAAAUCUUAACAGAUUUGCAUGAAGACAAUUUUGAAUCACUCUGGCUUUACCUGAGACCAAAUAAACUUUUCCGUGGCUUUUCCUGCCUGAUUAUCUGUGUGGUCUAUCACCCUCCCUCCAAUGAUAACUGUGCCUUAAUCGAUCACCUAACAUCUAAACUUGACGCUGCUCUUAUAUUGUACCCCAACGCUGGUAUUUUUCUCAUUGGAGACUUUAAUAAAUGCCCAAUUUCCUCCCUACUACGUCAUUUUACUUUGAAACAGAUAGUUAAAGAACCCACAAGAGGAAAUUCCACAUUGGACUUAAUUUUGACAAAUAUGACUUCCUGUUGUAACUCUCCGGUGUUAUUACCCCCUGUCGGCCAAAGUGACCAUAAUUCCAUACUGUGGUCCUUUAAUAAAAAUACAGCUAAAUAUGGUACAUCAAAAGUGAAAACUAGACAAGGUAACAAUCAUGACAGGAGAGCAUUCGGUAAGUGGCUAGCUGAUAUAAACUGGAACAACUUGUACCGCGCUGAAUCAUGUGAACAAAAGUUAGAUUUUUUCAAACAGUUAUAAAUACUGGUUUGGACUGUUUUUUCCCUAGUAAAAUUGUAAAGUUGCACGAUCAUGAUAAACCAUGGGUUACAGUCGGAUUUAAGAAAAUUAUAGAAAAUAGACAAAGAGCGUUUCGUCAGGGCAAAAGUCUGCUAUAUCGUAGAUUGAGAAAUCUUGCCAAUAGAGAAAGUAAGAGACUCAAGUCAACCUUCCUUAAGAAAAAGAUGGAUGAGUUAAAACUAAACCCCAAUGCUAAAAAAUGGUGGCAAUGUAUAAAACAGCUUGCGGGUUUCGCCAAGAACAAAACAUUCUCUAAUUUCGUUGUAAACAACCAGGUUUUUGCUGGUAAAGAGUUAGCAGAUAAAAUCAAUGAUGUUUUUGUCUCAUCUACCCAAGAUAUUCCUCCCUUGAAUAAGUCUCCAGUUGAUGACCUAAUUGAAAAUGGCAGUACAAGUAUCCUUCCACAGUUUAUUAUCGAAGAAAAAGAUGUAUACUGUAAAUUGUCCGCCAUCCCCGUUUCCAAAUCACCUGGUCCUGACGGAAUACCUAAUUGGGUGCUUAAAUCUUAUGCAUACGUUCUUUCUUCCCCUGUGGCAUCGAUUUUCAACGCUUCGAUUCAAGAAGCAGUUGUACCCUCAAUGUGGAAAAAAGCGAACGUUAUCCCUGUUCCAAAAAAAUCAGUCCCUAAAGACAUUUCUAAAGAUUUGCGCCCUAUCUCACUUACCACCACUUUAUCCAAAAUUUGCGAACGGUUUGUUACAGACUGGUUACUUAAGUCAAUUGGUGCAAAGAUUGAUACGCGGCAGUUUGGCUCCGUUAAAAAUUCCUCGGCUACCCAUGCCCUACUGAGCCUGAUCCAUCACCUCCUGAGUGCUACAGAUGCUUCAAGCAAUGCGGUGAGAGUAUUCUUGCUUGAUUUUGAAAAAGCUUUUGAUCGAAUAGAUCACAACAUACUGGUGAAUAAGCUACAACAAAUGAGUGUUUCCCAAACCAUUAUAAAUUGGAUUAGAAGUUUUCUCUCUGAUCGUAAACAACGAGUCAAGUUGGCUAACUGUCAUUCGGACUGGCAAACGUUAAACGGUGGAGUGCCGCAAGGGUCGGUGUUAGGGCCGGCUUUGUUCCUUGUUAUGAUAAAUGAUCUUCUUAUUGAUUGGAGCGAUAGAUGGAAGUAUGUUGAUGACAGUACGUUUGCUGAACGAGUUACAUCAACUGAGAGUAGUGAACUACAAGAUCUAGUGAAUGUUAUCUAUAAUUGGUGUGAAGUUAAUAAUAUGAAGCUCAACAUCGGCAAAUGUAAGGAAAUGGUAAUUGACUUUGCAAGAGAAAAACAUGAGUUUUUACCGUUAACUAUAAAUAACGUUGGUAUUGAGCGGGUAAAAUCUGCCCGAAUUCUUGGUCUCUCAAUCCAAGAUGAUUUGAAAUGGAACGAGCAUGUGAACCAUAUUGUUAAAAAAGCGGGAAAACGCCUUUAUAUGCUAAGGUUGUUAAAACGAUCAAAUGCCGACAAUAGCAUUCUAAUUUUGGUAUACUGCACCAUUAUCAGACCAGUACUCGAAUAUGCCUGCCAAGUUUGGCACUUCAAUAUUACAGAAUACCUAAGUGAAGAUAUCGAAAAACUCCAGAAGCGGGCUCUGCGUAUUGUCUUGCCAUUCGCUACUUAUAGAGAAGCUUGCAGUAUUACUGGUAUACCCUUACUGAAAGAUCGGCGGCGAUUAUUAUGCGAACGUUUUUUUGUUAAAAAUGCACAUGGAGACAAAUUGGGUGACCUCUUACCGCCUAAACUUGAACAUAACUAUAAUACACGUUAUGGAAGCGAUUAUAAUAACUAUAGUUGUAAAACGGACAGAUUUAUGAAAUCGUUUUUUCCACAGAUGGUUUCACAUAUGAAUAGACCAUAAUUUUAAUAUUUUUAAAUUUGAACUCUAUAACUUUUUCAACUGAAGUUAUGAAUAAUUUUAUGCAUCUAGAUAUUCUAUUGUAGUAUAAUGAGACUUUUUACUGAUGUAAUUUAACCUAAUAGGUUACAAAUCGGUAUUUUAUUAAAUUAUCAAUUAUCAAAUGUUGCCUUUGACCGAAGAGUCGACUCGUCUUGUCUUCAAGUGUUUAUCAAAGUAUCUAAAACCGAUCCCUUUCGGCAAGGGAGCACUCUGGAUCAGGGCCGUUCUCUCUUGUGUCCGGUCGAAUCGCUACUCAGCUACCUGGAGAUCCGAGGAGGUGCCAACGGCCUUCUGUUCGGCCGUUCCAAUGGCGCCCCCCUGACACGUACAGUUUUUACAGAGCGUCUGCGCCGACUGCUGAGCCAGGCUGGUAUAACUGCGCCGACUGCUGAGCCAGGCUGGUCAUAGUUUCCGGAUUGGCGCUGCUGCUACAGCAGGCCUGGCUGGCGUUCCCGAGCAUAUGAUCCAGACCUUUAAUAGGACGAUGGAGCAGUUUGUAGAAUAAUUUGUAACACUAUAUUAUUGAUAACGCCGUAGGACAACAAAAUGUAUCGUAUGUCAUGAAUGAUAGACUUCGAGUUGAUUGUCAGACUGAACGCACGAGAGAAAACCCAGAAGGAUUGUUAUGUUAGUGUAUUUUAUCGUUUGAAUAGUUUUAAAUAAAUAUGUUUUAAAGUACGUGUGUGUGUUCUAUUUCUGAUGGUAUUGUUCUGAUGGUAUACAGUCCCCACGAAGCGCAACUGUCUUGCGAUGUAAGACAGAAAAGUGCAACACAGUUCAGCUUACCUGGCAUACAGACGAACGCCGCCUAAUUUAUUAGCUAGUGUAACUAGGGUGUUAUGUUAAAAUGAAUAUAAAUAUUAUGCUAAUCUGGUUUGUGUUUGGUUUGUUCUUAACCCGACCCUCCGUUAACCCUCUCCCUUCCCCCCCAUGGGCCAUGGUAGGUGCUGGUGGUACGUUGCGGUCAGUCAAUGGAGUCAAGUGUCCAUGGCAAUCUGCCAAGGCACUACCUCUUUAAUUAACUACAUAAGGGUGGUUAUGUACUUGAAGGGACUGACCGUUUCUGGAGAUCUGCCUUGGCAGAAUUGUCAUGACAAACUCCUAUUGCUACUAUGAUUAGCCCUAUUAUUACGUUUUUUGCUGUUUUGCCACAGCUGUUUGCUCAUUUGUCUUACAAGGCUAGAUCGUCAACUAGCCUUGGCCACCUUUUAUACCACCUCCAAACGCAGAUACUUCCGUUCAUUUACAGCAAUUACAUUUUUUAUCUUACAUAUUUAGCAUAUGAUUGGUAUUUCCAAUCUGAAUGCAACAUACAAGUGUAUCUUUCAUUUAGAGACACCUCCAACAAACUUGCCCACAUCCAACAUUCUUGUCAAUGUGCUGACAACCCCCAUACCUUACCAUACCACACCUGACAUGCAAAAUACCUUACCAUACCAUACUAUAUCAAAUUCCGUACCAUAUUAUACUAGGUUAUACCCAUGUAUUGUAAUAAUACGCACACAAAUGUAUGUAAACGAAAUGUAUGUUUUUGAAAAAAGUUUUUGAGACCUCAGGCAUUAAAAAUUAAUUACACGUAAGAUAUUUUUAUUUGUUUCGGAUCAGUUAUUUUUACGAUAGCCGAUCGAUACUUUAAAUACCAUUCCAAAUUCUCUUCCAGUGCAUGUUUUAUGCAUGUACCAAAAACAGACAAUUAUAAUAUUUUGUUAUGCUUUAAAAGAUGAUUUUUAAAGUUAGAACGGUAAUAUGUGGAUUGAGCACUCUUAUUUGUGUCUACUAUAAAUCAUUCGACAAUCAUACUAUCUUAGCAAUUAAUGAUAAAAUUCAAUCAACAAUUGACGAUAUUUCUCAUGUGGGAUUUCCUUUCAUUUUCUUAAGGAAUUUGUAGAUACAAUUAAGCGUAAAAUACUUGAAUUUUAUCGUAUAAGAGGAAUAGUUUAAGACUGGUUUACAUCUUAUCUCAUUGACCGUUUUCAUGUACUGUGGUAUGUUAAAAAUGCAAAAUUUGCUGCUUUGCCUAUAACUUGUGGGAUUCCACAGGGAUCUGUCUCUUGGUCCUUUGUUAUUUUUACUGAAUAGAAUAUCAGUGAUUUCCAUACCUGUUCAAAUAUCUUUGAAUGUCGCCUCUUCACAGGGCCUAUUUUAGGAUGCAGUAUUAUUACACUCUGUGCAGUAUUAAUUGCGGAAGCGUGUAGUAUUGAAAAUGUGAAAUUUUCAUUUUCAACUUCGUAUUGCAAGACAGUGCUAUAGGUGGGUUCCAAGCAAUCCCCUGAGGCUUUAAUACAAACGCAGAUGGAGGGCAAAUAAUAAGAUUCUAAUAAGAUCCUUCUGUUUAAAUGCUCUCCAUCAUAGUCUGUCAAGAUAUCAUGGUCUGGAAGCCCAGCAAUCUUCAAAGCCACAAAAUAGAAGAUCUUUGUUUGAUGUUGAACUGUACCACAGAGGAAGUACAUACAGAGAUCUCACUUCAGGUUAAUUUCGCGUAAGGGAUUUUUUCAGUCCGCCAUGUUCUUAGCAAGUGCCCUAAAUAGAGGCAGUCACCCCCUGAAAACAUAUUGAAAAUUUAAUAUUCCAGGGGGGUGAAUGCCUCUCUUUAGGGCACUUGCUAUUAAGAACAUGGCCGCCAGCUAUUUCGGUAAAAAAGCGCCUUACGGUUUUGUAAUGGAAGUUACACUUUAUUCUGUGAAGUUACACUUUAUUCUGUAAUGGAAGUUACACUUUAUUCUGUGACUGUACCUUGCCGUACACAAAUCCUUUGUUUCAACUUCAUUAAAUAUUAUUCAUCCUGGUUGCACUUUCAUCUCGGCUAUCCCUAUUGGACGGUUUAUUUCUUAUUUAAUAAAUAAAAAAAAUUAAAUAAAUAAAUACUUCAUUAUACGAAAAUACAAUGAUCUCAAUCACCGUGACCGUGCACAAAUUAACAUAAACUCCGACAAAAACAUCAAACAAUGACUUCUGUUUAGUUGCCAGACCAUCAUACCUUGAUAAGACUAUGUCUCCAUGUGCACUGAACUGGAACCUGAUGAAAGCCAUGUAUUUACCCAGAGGUGGAAAAUGUAGUCAUAAAUCGUAAAGUAAUACAGGACUACAGCAGGCUAUAUGAAUAUUUUUUAUGAAACUGUUCCGCAGUAAUUUAGGCACCAAGUUAGUAGAUUAAUUACGUACUGAUUCUAAUCAUUUCAAUAAUCAGGUAUUUAGCAAUUAGAUUUUCAAUCAGUGUAAUUUUCAGAAUUUAUAGCUAUCAAACAUAAAUAAUGUUUGUGAAAAUUUCUGCAAAAAUGUAGAUCUCAAAAAUAUUUUGGGAAUUCCCAUACUUUUUUCAUCUUUGUAUGAUACCAACGUCGAACAUUGACGUCGCCACAAAGGCUAAAAAAAUGGAGGGGGGGUUACGGUUAGGCUUUUAAUAUUAAGAUAAGGAACAGGAAAAGUCACAAAAACAAUUUUGAACAAUUCUUAACCAAAUAAGUAGAUGUUGCGUUGUUGAGACAACCAGGAAAACCGUGGAGAACAAUAUUGUUUCAGGCUUAUAUAAUAAUAUUAUGUUAAUGUAAUUUCGGACCAUAUGUCUCAUCUAUUUCUUAAUUUGUAAACAUGCAGGUCUGAUUAUGCAGCGGUUGAUUUUACAUUUAUUUGCUGUUUUCAUAGAUAGAAGAUGGCCAGACGUUUUCAAAAGAAAUGUUUUGUAUUCCUCAACAUUAUGAAGAUUACUUGGAGUCAGUCUUGAUCCCUAAAGGACUUAUUCUUAACAGGUCAGUAUUACUCUUCCUGAUUUCUGAGAUUUCACUUUUUUUUCCAUCAUCACAAUUUUAGCCUCUACGUGCCUUUGACCUGAAUGGUCAGGACUGGAAUGCGUUGAAGAUGAGAUGUAACAUGCGUUCAUGGUUUUUCUUGUAUUCUGAAACGAAUUGCAGGCUGUGUUUUUUCUUUCAUUGCUGAGUUGCCCACGGAAAAAAUAUUGCCAUGCCCUAAAGAACACGAAACACUGCAUGCAGGUUGUGCACAUUACAGACAUUGUAGAAAACCUGGAAGAAAAGUGACGUGUCUGACACAUUCUGUCCGUCAUGAACAAAGCUUGUUUGAAAUGGUUAAGAAUUUUACAAAUUAUCAUGUCAGUCUUUCAUAAACAAGCACAACAAACCACGUAUUGUAAAGUGUUUUCUAGCUUUGUCAAAAAUUAUGGCGUUUGAACAAAUAGUACAAUUUAAUACAAUGUAUGUAUCUUGCAACAUGUUGACUUUCAAUGUCGUUCACAUGACCUUGAUAACAAAACAAUUAACAGGACAAGUACUGUAUACUGAUACUACAGGCCUGGUGAUUUUUAACAAUUGUUGGACAAUGUCAAUAAAUACAGUACUCUAUUAUAUAAACAUAAGUGUUAUAUAGAGCUUUUGGCCACUGAGAAAAAUCGUAUUUAAACACACGUAAAAAUACGAUAUUUUUACGUGUGAAAAUAUCAUUUUUGCAAGCCAAUCAAAAAUCGCGUAGGAAAUAUGUUUGACCAAUCAGAGAACUUGUUGUAAAACGCAUGGAUGUUUUAUUGUUUUUCAAUUUUGUUUAUAUAAUAAACAGAAAAAUACAUGGGUGCUUGGAAAUACCAGAUUUAUUUCUCGUGUACUCGAAAUAAAUCUGGUAUUUCCGCGCACCAUGUAUUAUUCUCUAUGUAUUUUGGUCAAUCCAAUGUCCAGAAAAAAAAUUCAAUUUUUAUUUUGUGAAUAAACAAGAAUAUAAUAUGAUUGCAAUGUGAUUGGUGCUCGAAUCCCUUACAGUAUAUAAUGAUUAUAUACUGAAAUUAAUAUAUACUGAAAUCAGUAUAUACUGAUUUCAGUAAUAGAUUCUUGUGUUACUGUUUUUCAGAACUGAACGUUUAGCCCGUGAUAUUUGUCGUGAUUUAUGUCAUGGUCCUUUAGUAGCCUUGUGUUGUUUGAAAGGGGGUUACCAAUUCUUCUCCCAUUUGAGUGAAUUUAUAAUAAAUUACAAUGGGACUUCAGGUAUGUUUUCAUGGUUUCAGUGUGCAUCUACAUGGUAGUUAGAAAUGUUAGCACUUUUAGGAGAAAAAAAAUUGAACAAAAUAUAUAUCUCGAUAUUACUGGUACUUAUCAUAGAUAUCUUAUAUACACCAGAUAGUGCAUCUAAUUAUUCUGCAAUGUUCCCAUGAAAUGAGAAGACUCGUAUGUUUUCUAUUUCUUAAACAGGGAACUUAGACAUUAAGUUAAACCUAUUUCAAAUACAUUUUCAAACUAUUCAAAUGAUGAAAGUUAUUGUUGUUUUUUAAGCGUUUAUUAGCGAGUGGGAAUCUCCAACAUGGCCGCCUUCUAUUCAAAUGGGGGUAACCGCUGGAAUAUUCUUGGCUUCAAUUUUACUAAAAGAGAUGCGCUAUCUAGUUUAUAUAAGAUACCCAUGGUAUUAUACAAUUACUUUAUGGUUUCCGUGUUUGGAUGGCCUGAUCCAAACACGCGGGAAUGUUGCGAGAGUUAAGAAAAGCGAGCGAAACACGAGCCGAAGGCGAGUGAUUUUGCCCGCUUUUCUUAACUCGAGCAACAUUCCCAAGUGUUUGGAUCAGGCCAUCCAAACACGGAAACCAUAAAGUAAUUGUUUUAUAAAAUAAUAACAACACGAUAGUCUUCCGUGUUUGGAUGGCCUGAUCCAAACACGGGUUUCGACCAAUCAGAACACGCGUUAUAUACAUGUUAUUUUAUAAUUAUCUGUCAUCAAAUACAAGAGUUACUACAACAAAUAAUGAAAAGAAUUAACAUUAUUAUUUUCCCAUUUUGAUUACUGUCAGAUUACUACCAGUACCAUCUACUUACAGUCGAUAUCACGAAACGUUUGCCAAAAUGUUCCGAAGUUUGUUCUUCGGUUCGCAAAUUUCAUUGCGAAGUUCCAAACAAAAUUCAUAAUAAUAUCAGAGGCUUAAUUUACAGACCGGCUUGUAAAUAAAAAUUUCAAUAAGAACUUUGAAACGAAUUUGCGAACUUCGGAACGAUAUAUAGUGCAUGCUUCGUGAAACCCACGUACACAGCAUAGGCGUCCCAUGGUGAUUCUUUUCAUAUAAAUGCCCCCCUCCGCCGAAACCAAUGUGGAAUAUGAGUUGUCACAAAUAUCAAGUGUAUAGUAAAGCAUAUUAACAAUCGGGAAAGAAGAUGCAGUACUGUAUGUACAUUUAAAAAGUAAAUGUACAUUUUGGAUAGAUUUGUGCAAAUUUCAAAGGUGUCUUGAUACAUUUUGGCCUAGAUUUUAGCUGACAACAUUCUUUGAAAGUCUGAAUUCUCCUAGGGCGGAUUCUGCAGGGAGAAAUUGGCUCUAGCCCCCGCUAUGUUUUGCUCGUGAACUGGAAUUAUGAAUGGUUUCAAGACUACUAAUAUUAUCUUCAUUAUAGACUUGUUCCACAUGUUAACUGACUUUAUUCUUUGAUUUCAGGUCAUUCAGUUCCAUUUUCGAUUGACUUCAUACGUUUAAAAAGUUAUGAGGUAAUUACAUAUUUCACUGGAUAGAAAUUGAACACGUCAUUUUAUUUUAUUUUCAUCCCAUUUGAAAGGGUGUUUUCUAUUUGUAUCCUUACUCGUCAUGCGACCAGUUUAAAUGGGAAAUCAUUGGGGCUCGGGACAGGAAUUAGGAGGAAGUCAUAUCCGAAAUAUUUCGUCCAGCUUUUUCCAACAAAGUAAGGCAGUAUUUUUGGUCUCUCUGAAUAACUGUAUCCUAUAAUACUUAUUUAUACCAUGUUUAGAACGAUGGUUCAACAAAUGAUGUUAAAAUUGUUGGUGGUAGUGAUCUGUCGUCUAUAAAAGGAAAGGUACAAUACGAUCUUGAACUUGAACUCAGGCUUUCUAAGACAUGUGUAAGCCAGGUGGCAUUAAAUGUUUCACCAGUUGAGCCAGGGAUGGAUUUACUGGGUGAGGUGCGCACCUCCCUAGCCCUGGCCAGAGGGGGUGCGGGGGGGGAGGUGCUAUUUUUCAUGAUAAAGCAAAAAAUUAUUAGAGUCAAAAUGAGAUACAGUAAUUUGAGUAAUAACAUGAUAAGUGAACUGUGAACAACAAUUACAAUUCAAAUACUGUAGUCAAGCAAGACUUUGCAAUAGUGAAGCAAGUUGAUGGGCAGGCGGCACACAUGAUCGACACAACUCGGCACCAGAGCUGGCAGAGCACCCCCCCCCCCUACCAGAUCAUGCUGGAUCCAUCCCGGAGUUGAGCCCAUAUAAUCAUUUCUUUAAUCAGGUUAACCUAGAAAUAACCCUAUUUGUGUUAACUUAAUAUUCCUGGUUAAUUUUCCUGGUUAACUUAUCUCACUUCUUACCAUAAUAAUCUGGUUAGUGUGAUCAGGAAUUAGUAUAGGUAAUCAGGAAUUAGUAUAGGUAAUCAUGCGAUGGCGAGUACAAUUAGGGAUUAAUAUAGUACGAGUGAUGUUUGGAAAUUUUGCCAAAAUUGGACGAGCCGCAGGGACGGUGACACUCAUGCCUCUUUAAGAACUGCACUUGUUAUUGAAAAGUAUUAAUUAACUAAUAAUAUUAGUUAUUAACAUCAACAUAUGUCAUAGAGAUGGUUGAAUAAAGUAUCGCAGUAUUUUAAAAUUCUUUUUUAUUUAUUUUAGAAUGUUUUGAUUGUUGAGGUAAGUUUGCUUCAAUAGAGAGUUUUAGAUUGACGUUCGUUUUAAUUACGGCAAACUGCAAACCAGUAUAGUCGAGGUACCCGUUACACGUUUGCGGUUCGGAUUUUAAAAACGAUUUAGAUUUAAGGUUUUAAUUUCCAAAAUGUGAACUUAAUCGGUGGGCAAUAGCAUCCCAAUCCAUUGCAUUGGCUUUUGUGGUCAGCAGCUUGCAACCUCCCCAGCCAAUGCAAGAUCAUGUUGUAUGCUUGGCCAACGAAAGGGUUUCGUGGUCAUGAUAUUAUUCCAAGUUCUGUAUUAGAUACAAACAGAUUUUUAUAAAAUUUGCAACAAAAUUAGCCUAAGAGUAAAACUUUAAAUCUCAGAAUUAUGAGAAAAUUAAACAAAUAACAACAAAAACAAUGUGAAUCUAGGACUGUUCGGUAUACCGAUAUACCGAAAAUAUCGGUAUUAAAUCAAUAUCGGUGUAUCGAUACCGGAUAUUCAACCAUACCGAUAUACCGAAAUUUCCGAUAUACCGGAAUUUUUCGGUAUAUCGUGUUAAAUUUAUCAACUAUAUGGCGAAACCAUAACCUUUAUUUACUACUGAAUGGCAAUUCAGAGAACUUUCUACUGCAAUGAUUUAGAAUUUCCACUCCAUGAGAUUUUACACUGAGUACGUGUCGUUCGAAACAUGUUCGAAACAGCUUCGAAAUUAUCGUUUUCCCUUUUAGAAUUACUCAAAAUUUCCUUCAAAUUUCCAUUAAAGAAUUUUCCUUUAUAAUUAUCAAAGGAAAGCCGGUAUACCGAUAAUAUCGGUAUAAUUUUUUCGGUAUACCGAUACCGGAAAUUUCUCAUACCGAACAUUCCUAUCAGUGAAUCAGCUAUGCUUUUGGGCUAUGUUUUUGCCCGUCUUUUGCUUAUUGACAUCCACUGAAUUCGACACAAUAUUUCAGUCAAAGAUAGCAGUUACCUAUCCUUAUUUUAUGCAAGAAAGAAAGUCAUAGUGACAGUAAACAUAAUUGCCAUGUUUAUACGCGAGAAAAAGAACAAAAAAUGCAUGAAAACCUUGAAGGAAACUACCCACCUGAAAACAGCCUCUCUCGCGUAAAAACGUCUACUUCGAACGUGUAACCUGACGGCAAGAUGUUUGAAGUAUAGCGAUGGUUGAAGUAUAGCGAUAGUUGAAGUAUAGCGAUAAGUUGAAGUAUAGCGAUAAUUGAAGUAUAGCGACAGCCGGUGGAAAGUCCCUGCGACGGAGGUUGGUAUAGCGAUAGUUGUAUAUCAGACUAUCAGGAAGUAUAACGGUUUAUAUAAUAAUUACAGUGAAACACGCAAUUUGAUUGGUCAAUAGCCGUGCAGGAUCAGGCUUUAUAUAAUAACUACAGUGAAACACGCAAUUUGAUUGGUCAAUAGCCGUGCAGGAUCAUGCUAUCCUGCAUGAGGAAUUAAAAUACCUUCGCGGGAUUCUCAAAAUGUCAUUGUUUCACUGUAGUUAUUUUAUAAAACAAUUACCAAAUGGUUUUCUAAGCAGGAUAGCGUGAUCCAUGUACUUGGGAUGUUGCUCGACUUUCAGAAAGCGUAAAAAUACACUCGCCUGCGGCUCGAGUAUUUUUACGCUUUCCGAAAGUCUCGCGACAUCCCUCGUGCAUGGAUCACGCAAUCCUGCACGGAAAACCAUUCGGUAUUCCUUUAAUCAUGUAUAUUAGGAUCGCGCAUGCAUGGCGCAUUUACUUCACUUACAUUGUUAGAUUUUAAUAUUGUAGUAACAUCAAAUUAUUUCCAUGGCAUAGGCAUGGCCGCUUCCUCAUAUGUAGCCAGAGUGUAGCUUACAUGCGCCUAUUUAUUGGUUUGAUCCAACGUUUCUUUAUAUUUUCCUCCAGGAUAUAAUAGAUACUGGGAGGACGAUGGAAAAAAUGCUCGAAGUUGUUUCACAGUAUAAACCUGCUCAGGUUAAAGUCGUCAGGUGAGUUGAAGUUUUGUCCGAGGCAAUAUAGAGGUCCAGAUUUGACUUGUACACUACCACUACCAUUAAGGGACCAUCGACCAAUCAGAUGCGUUUGAUAUAUUCGAUUAACCAAUCCAGUUAGAGGCAGUGGUAGCGGUAGUGGAGGUCAAAUCUGAACGUGUCCUCCAUAAUCUUUGCAUUAAAUUCGAUGCUGUAAUAUUUGUAGCCUGCGUUGCAAACAUGUGUACAAUGGGGCUGGGUUGCCCAGCCGUUUUUGUCAUUGGUGCUUGGGUUUCCCAGCCGUUUUUGUCAUUGGUGCUUGGAUUGCCCAGCUGUUUUUGUCAUUGGUGCUUGGGUUGCCCAGCCAAUAUAGAGGUCCAGAUUUGACUUAUACACUACCGCUACCAUUAAGGGACCAUCGACCAAACAGAUGCGUUUGAUAUAUUCGAUUAAGCAAUCCAGUUAGAAGCAGUGGUAGCGGUGGUGGAAGUCAAAUCGGAACGUGUCCUCCAUAAUCUUUGCAUUAAAUUCGAUGCUGUAAUAUUUGUAGCCUGCGUUGCAAACAUGUGUACAAUGGGGCUGGGUUGCCCAGCCGUUUUUGUCAUUGGUGCUUGGGUUUACCAGCCGUUUUUGUCAUUGGUGCUUGGAUUGCCCAGCUGUUUUUGUUAUUGGUGCUUGGGUUGUUCAGCCGUUUUUGUCAUUGGUGCUUGGAUUGCCCAGCCAUUUUUGUCAUUGGUGCUUGAUACUUGCAUGGCUAUAUAUUUUUUAGCUUGCUGGUCAAGAGAACACCACUGAGAAGCUCGAGCUAUAGACCUGACUGUAAGUACUAAAGGAAUACCAAAUGGUUUCCCGUGCAGCAUAGCGUCAUCCAUGUACUUGGGAUGUUGCUCGACUUUCAGAAAGCGUAAAAAACACGAGCUGCAAAAUGACUACAGUGAAACAACGGCUACUUUAUUAACUUUAUUAUAACUUUGUUAACGUUUUUAUUAACUGGUGUCUCAUUUAAUAUACUGUCAACUUCAUUUUUAAAAACCCGCGCUAAUUAUGCAUUUAAAUUUCCGUGCAGGCUUUUCUAAUUGCGUGCUUCACUGUAGUUAUAUAAUUUUGAACAUUUCGAAGCGAUAAUUUCGAAUUUUAUUGAAUAUAUGCAAAGGAUACUAAGCAAAAGUUAAAGAAUGAAAAGGGCUUUGAAUGACGUUACUCAAAUGGCGUACACUCUACACUGAACCAUAUAUUUCCAUAUGUAAUCAUAUACGUAAUGUUAUAAUACUGUAAGCCCCGAGGUGGGCUCCUGUGUACGUAGUGCAUGUAUACAGUGUGUCAAUGAUACUUACCCCCAAAUAUAAUUUUUGCCAUUUUUUGGUACUACAGUAUUGUAUCUCUGUAUCUGCAAUAUUUGGAUCAUUUUGAGAAAAAAUGUAAGGGACCGACCAUUUGAUUUUUUAUGUGGGGAGUCGCCUUUUUGAAAGUGCUCGAUUUUUUUCUAGCCUCAAGCUCUGCACGAUGUUUUUUCUGAACUUUGCGCGUGCACAUUUUUUUUUAUUUUUAACAGGCAAAACCCUCGCGCAUAACGUCAGAAUACUAGUUUUCGAUUUUGUUGUUUACUACGGUCGAUAUUUUUUCUUUGAUGUUGGCAAUGCUCGAUAUUAUUCACCAAGGAUAUACUCGAUAUUAUUUUUUUCGAAUUUGCACCCCUCCCCUCAUGAAAAUCAAAUGGUCCGUCCCUAAUAUAUAUUUGUAGCUAGAUAGUAAAAAAAUCUCAUCACUGUCAAAGUUACCGGAUAUGAUGUCAUUUGAUGAAUUUUACAAAUGAGAGCGAAAACGAUUAGACAAAUUAAAUUGCAAUUCAUUUAUUGACGGCAUAUCCGCCACCUAAAGUUCAAUUGUCGCCAAGAUGAGGGUCUUUUCAAAGACAAUAUUUGUCACAUUUCUUAAAUUCUUAAAAUGAUCCAAAUAUAUUAUCCAUACGACCAUACCUAUUGUGAAGUCAUAUUUGGGUGGGGUUAAUGGCACUUUAAAAUUCGAGUUUAACUUAACUUUUUCUUCCUGUAGAUAUUGGAUUCGAAGUCCCUGAUAGAUUUGUCGUUGGUUAUGCCAUUGUAAGAACAUUGUCAUUGUCUGUGUAAUUUUGAAACUUGCAGAAUAUAGCCUACUUCAAUUCGGUUUUGUGGGGAAAAAACAUGUUUAUACCGCAUAUUCUGCAAAGCGUUCAAGCCGUAAGACAGGCCCAGUGUUUUUAUCGUAUAUAUAAUCUAUCGUAAUAAUUAGAUUAUUUACACUAUAAUGAAUGAAAACUUCGCAAAAGCUUUGGAAACCAAAUAAACGUUCAUGUGUUUUUGUUUUUCGGAAAAAGCUUAGUCUGCGAUUAGUCCGGGAGCAGCGGUGGAGGGGGCGGCUGAGAUCAAUCGGCCAUCGCAGACUACAAAAACUAUUUUUUUAUUAUUUUAAUUUCCUGUAUAUAGCUAAUUCAAAUCAAAGGCCGUUGAGGCCGACUCACGGAUGAGAUCAAAUGAAAGUGACUGAAGGAAUUAAGCAGUUUGCAGUUGUUUUUGCAAACGGGCACCGUGCAAAUUUUGCCAGUUUGUCGUGCUUCUUUUGCCAAAUCAGGCAAACAGUACGCGCAAAGCAGGAUGGUCAUUUCCCAUUGUUUCACACUAGCAAUUUUGUCGGCGAUUUUGUGUUUCUGACGGAUGCAAAUGAGUGAACUCACACACAAAAGUAUAGAGUCGCUUUUCAGAAGUCAACAAUUCUAACGCCCGUAUUCUAAAAGCUCACUCACACUCAAUGAGUGGAGGUUCAAUCUGAGCUUCUCUUGAGUGUCAAUGCUGGAGGGUGGGUAGUCAUAUAGUAAGGUAUGACACUAGCCCUCCAGCUAUUCAAAAACAGCAAUGACACUCGAGAGAAGCUCAGAUUGAAAUUCCACUCAUUGAGUGUGAGUGUGAGUGAGCUUUUAGAAUACGGGCGUAAGUCUUUUUGCAUGUCAUUCAUUCGAUCACAUUUGCCAAAGAGAAGAAAAUUCGCCGUCAGAAUUGCUAGUGUGAACCGGUGUCCCAGGAUUUUCGCCCCCCCUACAUUUUCGCCCCCCGGGGGGCGAAUUUCCUAGGAAUAUCGCCCCCCCAGGGGGGCGAAAAUCCUAGGAAUUUCGCCCCCCUUUAGGAAAUUCACCCCCCUUUAGAAACUUCACCUUUUCUUUAGGAUUUUCGUCCUCCGUUCAAAAUUUCGCCCUUCCUAACAGUUGCAUGGGAUAAUUAUUACACGACUUUAAUCAUUUGAAAUCAGUAUCAAUUCAAAAUUGUUUGACAGAGCUUGAAAUAACAACCGAUCACCGAUCAAUGAUCGGCAAGGAAUUGCUUAUGAUCGGCGGAAAAGCAGGGUUUCGGUUUCCAACCUGAAAAAAUCAGGGAAAGUCACGACUGCCGAUCACCAUGAUCGGGAACUUUGGGAACGUUAUUUCAAGCCCUGCAUGUAAGAAUACAAAUUUACAAUUACAUGUAUCGAAAGGGCUUAGACAGUUACAGUAGAUCAAUAGGACUUAUGACGCUUCACAGCACACCAUGCAUAUUUUGCAUUUUCAGUGUUAAUCCUUAAACUCAUUGUUAAAAAGUAAUCACCGUGGUGGUUAUUGUAAUUAUUGGUAUUGUUUUGCAUCCACGUUUUGUCGUUAUCGGAAAAUGUAUGGUUUGUCACUAUUUUUUACUUGCAUUAUUUCAAUAUAGUUUGUAAAUCUCAGAAGCGAAGGGUAGAACUUGCCAAUAGGCAAUAAUCCAAUAAUAUACGUUUCAAAAAAGACAAGAAAGCUUUUAGUUUUGCAGAGUUAAUUCUCAAAUGUUUAAGGCAUGCACUAAUAAAAUCAAAGUAUCAUGAAAUUAUUUGAAUAAACCACACCACAUAUAUAAUGCAAUUUUCUUUGCGGAAGUGAAGAACCAAGAUUACAUCACUGACAUGGAAAGUUGACGAUUCAACGGACAAUAAUCAAUACGCUUCCCAACACAUUCCAUAGAUUUUUUACUAAUCCUAUAGUUUAUUGUUAGCAAGUGAUUACUGUGGCGGCUAUUGUUAACACUCGUAUUGAUAAAAUUUGCAAGCGAUUGUUUUUAUAAUAUGUUAUGUGAAUGUAAACUGCCAGAAGAAUACGACAACAUGAUUUUAUGCGAUCUCUGUGAUGGUUCCACUUUAGAUGUGUAGAAUAUGACACUAGUCUAAGUACCUCAAAUGAGUGGUUAUGCAGACUGUGCACACCACCAGUUGCUAAGAAGCCUAAAAGGUGUAUAUAAUUUUGUCUCCUUGUAAUAAAUAAAUAAAUCGCACAAUAAAUCUUUUCAACUUGCAAUCGUUUUGUUUUUAGAUCAAAAAUUCAAAUUUUAUAUGGGGGGGCGAAAUUCCUAAAGGGGGGCGAUAUUCCUAGGAGAUUCGCCCCGGGGGGGCGAAUCUCCUGGGGGGGCGAAUCUCCUGUGACACCGGGCUUAAACCUUAAACUCGCUAAACUCUAAGCGUGCAAAGCAUAAUGGGAGCAUCAUUUAACCAGUUUAGAAAUCAUAUAUGGGGCCCAUUUCUUAGAGACAUGGUAAAUAUCUCCUUACGAGAACAAUUCAUUCACAAAUAGCUGCAAUAUUCAACUACUAAGCUUGAAACUUGUGCUCAACUGCUCACAUUAAGCUUUUCGCGCUUGGAGUCUAAGGUUUAGAGUUUAUAAGCUUAUUAAGGUUUGCAAAGGACAACCUUUUCUGAAUUGGCUAUACUUGGAGCCCGACAUUUCGCGUUAAUUGCUGGAUAGAUUCAAGCUAACCUGAAAGAUGUCCAAACAAAAGUAAUUUAAAACAAUUCUGUCACAAAAGUUCAAUGUUUUCUACUAAUAUUUUAUGUAAUCUUUGUUUUAGGACUACAAUGAAUAUUUCAGAGAUUUAAAUGUGAGUAUAAAUGUUAAAAUUGAAAUCUUUAUUUAUUUUCGAUGCGUUUUGCGAUUAUCACAUUGUAUAUAUAUUGUGCCUUCUUUCUUUACAGCAUAUCUGUGUUAUUAAUAAGGAAGGAAUAGAGAAAUAUAGGACAUGAAUCAAGCUGGAUUAUAUAGUUUCCUUGCUGGAAACCUCGACCUUUUGAUGAUUUGAAAUUUUCGGGUAAUCAACAGUGAAAUACCGCACCAGUAAUAUGACGUUGCAAUGACUGAUUUUUUUAUAGUGAAGGAGAAGGAAUUUUGAAUUGCUUUUCCAAAGUCUCGCAAAUGCCUUGUCUUGGGCAUUCUCAAGUAGCUCUGUCGUUGAUGUCACUUUUCUGUCGCUAAAGUGAACCUCACUUUACUGACUGUAGUAACAUUGGCGAACCAGAUGACAUGUCAUUAUUGGGCAAAUGCGAGAUUUUAUGAAGCCAAAUCUGAUUCCUCAGCAAUGCUAAUUUCUAAGUAAACAUUCAAGGAAACGUGGAAUUGUAACAAUGCAUGCCUAUAUACGCUAUACCAAUAGCUUUACUCAACAAAUAACUCACCUAUAUACAUGUUUGUAUAUAUGCAUAUUAUUUAUCUUUGUUCAUGAUCUUAAAAUGCUCUACAGAAUGCGUAGAAUUUCGAAAGAUACUGUCAGAUGGUAUCAUGCAUGCAUAUUACUUUUAUAUCUUUAUAACAAGUCCUUACAAUUUGAUUAGUUAGUGGUCUAAUAAAUUAAUAAAUUAAUAAGUUUAUUUUUGUGGAAAGACCGCGUUUAUUUAUUUUGCUGAAUUGUAGAACUGCAGUCAGUAGAACCAUAGAACUGUAGAACCAUAGAACUAUAGAACCAUAGAACUGUAGAACCAUAGAACUGUAGAACCGUACUGUAGAACUG